UAGUAUUCCUCUCAGACUACUUCAGAACAUUUGUUGCUCAGAGAACGUCGAAAUUCUUCCCUGUUCCCACGCUAAGUCAGGUGAUAGGCGUGAUCACCGCGCGACAGUCUCUGUUGUAAGGAGUGCGGAACAGUUCGGUGAGAGCCACAGCGGGUGAAGGAGCUGUGCUGUCGUUUCUCGUGUUUCGGUCGCGGCGGAUCCGGAGGCCAAGUCGUCGCCAUGUCUCUUCUCAGGAAAACUCUGCAGUCAUCAUUGUCAUCUCUGAAGCAGGUACGCCAUGUCUUGGCAGCCCCCAAGAAGCUGUCACUCGAGGAGUUUGAUGGACCGUGUAUCAAGACAGACAUUCCUGGACCAAAAUCCCAGGAACUGCUGAGGGAACUCACUGCAUUGACAACAGCUCAUGAGGUGCAAUUUUUCUGUAACUACGAGGAGAGUAAGGGUAACUACCUGGUGGACGUGGACGGAAAUAUCUUCCUCGACAUCUACAUGCAGAUCUCAUCCUUGCCACUAGGAUAUAACCAUCCAGCCUUGUUGAAGGUGCUAAAUGAUCCUGCAAACUUGAGCACACUUGUAAACAGGCCCGCCCUGGGAAACCUCCCCCCAGCUGACUUCCCACAGAGGGUACAGAACUCUCUCAUGGCGGUGGCCCCCAAAGGCCUGACUAAUGUGAAAACCAUGGCUUGUGGCUCCUGCUCCAAUGAGAAUGCCUAUAAGGCCAUUUUCAUGUGGUAUAUGACAAAGCAGCGAGGUGGAGCACCCCCCUCCCCAGAAGAGUUGGAAACCUGCAUGUUCAAUAAGUCUCCAGGUGCCCCAGACCUCACCCUGAUGUCCUUCACAGGUGCCUUCCACGGGAGGACUUUAGGCUGUCUGGCCACGACUCACUCCAAGGCCAUCCACAAGUUGGACAUCCCAUCCAUGGACUGGCCCAUUGCUCCUUUCCCUCAGCUCAAGUACCCGCUGGAGGAACACGAGGCUGAGAACAGGGCUGAGGAGAGACGAUGUCUCGAUCAGGUCCAUGCCCUGUUCCGUGAGUACAACUCUCGCGGGCGGCCUGUGUGCGGAGUGGUGGUGGAGCCAGUCCAGGCAGAGGGAGGAGACAACCACGCCUCGCCACAGUUCUUCAGGGAACUCAGGGCCAUUGCUAGGGAGUACGAUGCAGCGUUCCUGGUAGACGAGGUCCAGACAGGAGUGGGAGUGACCGGCAGUUGGUGGGCUCAUGACCUGUGGGGACUGGACGACCCGCCUGACGUCGUCACCUUCGCCAAGAAGAUGCUGGGAGGAGGGUACUUCCACACCGAGGAGUUCAGGGCAACCUCUGGUUACCGAAUCUUCAACACGUGGCUUGGAGAACCGUCCAAGCUGGCGCUGUGUGAAGCUGUGGUGAAGACAGUACAGGAGGAAAACCUGCUGGAGAACGUUCGACAGGCCGGGGCUGUCCUAUUGGACGGUCUGAAACACCUUCAGACAAAGUACCCGACACAGUUGGAGAAUGCCCGUGGGCUGGGGACCUUCAUCGCCAUCGACUGUGUGGGGGGCGAGGCUCAGAGGAACAAGAUCGUGGCAGACCUCAAGAGGAAAGGUAUCCAGUCAGGCGGCUGUGGGGAGAGGACCAUCCGGUGCAGACCUGCGCUCAUCUUCCAGCCGCAUCAUGCAGAAAUGGUGCUGAACGCCGUGGACGAGGUUCUCGCUGAACAGGCAUAGACAGACUCAGGUGUCUAGGUGGAACACUGUCAGGAGCAGGACUGUGGAACCUCUACAAACCGGGACUCUAGCCAGCACCCGUUUUUCCAUCAAUUACAUGAUAGAGCUGGCUAGAGCCCUGCCAUAAAUUAUGGGGAUCUUAGGUUAUCUUGAAAGUUCAUCAUCCUGUGUUGGUAGAGGACAUUCUGAAACAGGUUUGAACUGUAAAUUUUAUACUUACCCAAAUCUUUGACUGUUUUGUCAAGGAAUGCAGUCACAGAAUUAAAUUCGAAGCAGUGGAAAAAAACUGUUGAAAUUUGGGGUAAGUCCAAUUUUUGUGUUGGAAUAUAAGUUAAAGUUCAAAAAUGUUUCAGAGGGAUCUUUAGUUCUAAAGUGCAACAUAAUAUUUAGUUCUGACCAAUGCCAAACAACUGGCACUUUGCUUACCUCCAAUAAUACUCAAACUUGCCAGCAAUGAAAUACUAGUCUACAUACAUGUAUAUCUGCCAAAACUGCAAGAGCACAAUUGUCAUGUUUUGCUGUUUAUAAUGCUCUACUAUCAGUCUGAAAGAACUACAUGUAAAAUUAGAAUUGACUAUUGGUAUAUUUGCAGUUUGUCCUAUAUGUAUUGGUCAUUUGGUCAUGGAUUCUUGAAAUUUAUAAAACUGUAAUAUCACGCCAAUGUACAUAUUACAAAAUAACAUGAUAUUAAUGAUAUAUAGCUGUAAAGUUAAUAUGUGAAUAGCAUAUUUCGUUUGUAAUAUUUGGAAAUAGAUGCACUCAUACAUGUAAAAUCACCUUUCUACAUUGACUAACAUGUAUAUCAACUGACAUUGUGAUUAUUAUAAAUGAACAAUUGAUAUGAGAUUGAAUUUAUCUUUACAUGUAUGUGUCAAAAAUGGGCAGAAAACUGAUAUACUGGCAAAGACAUGCAAAUACAUGUUUGUACUGAUUUUCUUCAAUAUAGAACUGAUGAAUGUACAAUAAUCAUUUUACACAUUUUCACUGCAGGGUGCAUGAUUUCACCCAACAAUUAUAUACAUGUACCUUUAAAGUAUAAAACCUAGGGCGCCAAUAUGUGAUGUUAUAUAUGAUAAUGAUUGGCAUUAACAGCCAGAAGAAUUUUUCUAAUGCUUCUAUUUCUAGAUGUUAACCUUCUCCCUGCUGGCUACGCCAGUAGCAGAAUACAAUAUUACCUACCUCGGUGCAUAGAAGAUUAAAGCUAUAUGUGUAUUAGGUUCAUUUUAGUAUUACAUGUAUUUCCUUCUUAGCUGCACUACUUUGAGUUAAUUUUUAACUUAGGCCACACCAAUUUAAUUUUUUGGUUAACGGAUUUUUCUAGAAAAAUAAUGGAGCGGACGGGCGAAAA